AUGGAUAGAUCACCCAGGUUCGGGUCCAGAAGCAGUGACAAUUGCUCUUGGGCGGAUGUUGUCGACAAUGCACCUUCAGGACCUGAUAAUUACGAAAAUAAUCCUUCGGGGGCGCCUGUUAAGCCCGCUUAUGUACCACCGCAUCUUCGUAACAAGCCAGCUGCAUCUCAGCAAGCCAUUACUCCUGCUGUAUCAAAUGGUAGCCUACCACCUAUGAAUGACGAAAUCGAUUUAGGAGAUGCUUUGAAUCUGAACAUUAGGAGAUCCAAAUAUGUUAAGCCAACACCUGUUCAACGUUACACUAUUCCCAUUUCUUUAGCGGGCCGAGACUUGAUGGCUUGUGCUCAAACGGGCUCGGGAAAAACAGCAGCGUUUUGUUUUCCUAUAAUCAGUGGGAUUAUGAGACAACAAUCUGUGCAAAAGCCACGUGGCACUAGGACUGUUUUCCCUCUUGCUCUUAUUCUAUCUCCUACUAGAGAGCUUUCGAGUCAGAAGGCGAUUGAUGUUGUAACAAGAAAAUAUUUGGUCAUAUUUUCCAGUAACUGGGUUAUAAUGAAUAAAGAGACAAGGAGGUUAUCGAAAAUCCCAGAUGAAGUUGGGUUGACCUUAAACAUAUGGGUGGGAAAACAGGCGGAUUGGAAAAGAUCUGCUGAAGAAAGUGAAGAGUUUGAAGAAUUUGGAGCAAAAAGAGCAAAAAUUAGAGAUCUUGAAUCUAUUUUUCGUUCCGAAGGUGAAUUGUUUAGAUGUGCUUUAAUUUGA